AUGCCCAAUGGGGGCAAAGAACCUAGGUGCGACCGAGAGCUGGACGCGAGCGUGACAAGCCUGAUACUUCGGAGGUUGCCACCGAGCGUCUCAAACCUCAGGCUGGUCCAGAUCUUGGAAGAGAUUGUCCCAGGAAAGUACGACUUUGUGCACGUCCCCCAUGAACAGCAAACGGGGCAAAACAUCGCCCUCGCCUUCAUCAACUUUGUGGAUCAUGAGUCUGCUAGGAAGGUCUUCAACGCUUUCCUCCACAGCCGUGGGCGAUCGCCUUGGCACCGAGCGAGGGCAACCCCCGGAAAUAUUCAGGGGCUGGGUCCGAAUCUGGCAUAUUUCCUGACGCGGUUCGGCGUGGAGGCCCUGGACAGGCCCAAUGCACCAAUGGUCUUUGUGGAAGGGGUCCGAGUACCUGUGACAGUUGAACUUCUGAAGUGUCACUUGAGCCCGGAGAUGUUGGUGGAUGGAUUGCAGAUGGUCACUGCACAUUCCUGUGAGCGCGCAAGGACAGACAAAUCCAGCGCUCCCACCGCAUGGUCAGAGCUUACCUCGGCGUCGAGCUGUCAUGAGACAGCUGCCUCGACUGAGAAUGCCAACAGCGAGCCAUCCAACUCUAUCACGGGUAGGCAUGAAUCAAACCGGUCUACGUGCCUGGAAACUUCGGGGGAGGGGAGCGAUUCUUCAUCUUCGCAAAGUGGCCGCACGUCUACAGAGAGAAUGUGGGCUUCCUGCUCAAGCCCUGAUUCUGGCGCUGAGAACAGAGGCGCCAGCUCAACCCGAGCAUCCAAUGACAACCUCCAAGUGCCUUGCUACUUGGAAGGUGAGAUGAUAGUUUUUCAGCUCUGA